CAUGACCCCAGCUGCUAAAAACAGCUCCGGCUCCCACUCGGAACCUGGGCCUGAAACAAUGUCCUCCACCAAAAGAAACAUGAAGGACACUUGAUCACACAAGCCUUGGAAUUAUUUCCAGGAAACACUUGUAGAGACCAUUCGGAGCACCCUUUCCCUGGCAGUGCGCACGGGGACGGCCAGGAGAUGAGCGCAUCCUUGAAUUAUAAGUCUUUUUCCAAAGAGCAGCAGACUAUGGACAACUUGGAGAAGCAACUCAUCUGUCCCAUAUGCUUAGAGAUGUUCACGAAGCCCGUGGUUAUUCUCCCCUGUCAGCAUAACCUGUGUAGGAAAUGUGCCAGUGAUAUAUUCCAGGCCUCUAAUCCGUACUUGCCCACGAGAGGCGGCACCACCGUGGCAUCAGGGGGCCGAUUCCGCUGCCCGUCCUGUAGGCAUGAAGUGGUUUUGGACAGACAUGGGAUAUAUGGACUUCAGAGGAACCUGCUGGUGGAAAACAUCAUUGACAUCUACAAGCAGGAGUCCACCAGACCAGAAAAGAAGUCCGAUCAGCCCAGGUGCGAGGAGCAUGAAGAGGAGCGCAUCAAUAUUUACUGUCUAAACUGCGAGGUGCCCACCUGCUCUCUGUGCAAGAUCUUUGGGGCACACAAGGACUGCCAAGUGGCACCCCUCACGCAUGUGUUCCAGAGGCAGAAGUCUGAGCUCAGUGAUGGCAUUGCUGUCCUCGUGGGAAACAAUGAUCGAGUCCAGGGAGUGAUCAGCCAGCUGGAGGACACCUGUAAAACUAUUGAGGAAUGCUGCAAAAAACAGAAACAGGAACUUUGCGAGAAGUUUGAUUACCUGUAUGGCAUUCUGGAGGAGAGGAAGAAUGAGAUGACCCAAGUCAUUACCCGAACCCAAGGGGAGAAAUUGGAACAUGUCCGUGCUCUGAUCAAAAAGUAUUCUGAUCACUUGGAGAAUGUAUCAAAGUUGGUUGAGUCAGGAAUCCAGUUCAUGGAUGAGCCAGAAAUGGCAGUAUUUCUGCAGAAUGCCAAAACCCUGUUACAAAAAAUUUCUGAAGCAUCGAAAGCAUUUCAGAUGGAGAAAAUAGAGCAUGGUUAUGAGAACAUGAACCACUUCACAGUCAACCUCAAUAGAGAAGAAAAAAUAAUACGUGAAAUUGAUUUUUACAGAGCAGAAGAGGAAGAGGAAGAAGAAGAAGGAGAAGAAGGAGAGGGAGAAGGAGAAGAAGGAGGCGGAGGAGAAGGAGAGGGACAGGGAGAAGGAGAGGGACAGGGAGAAGGAGAAGAAGGAGUAAAAUUGGAAGAGGUAGAAAAUGUUCGAACAGAGCCACCAGGAGAAGAUGAAAGUCCAGAGAAAGCCUUGGAGUCCUCUCUGCUGGCCUCAGAGCUCCAGGCCGCCCCAGCCACACUUCCUAUUUCUUCUCCAGAGACACCUCCAGCCCUGCUACCUGCUGCUGAUGCCCCAGUGACACAGGGGGAGGUUGUACCCACUGGCUCUCAGCAGACCACAGAGUCUGAAACUCCAGUCCCUGCAUCAACGGACACUGCGGAUCCCUUGUUUUACCCUAGUUGGUAUAAAGGCCAAACCCGGAAAGCUACCACCAACCCACCUUCCACCCCAGUGAGCGAAGGUCUGGGGCACAUAGGGCCUCCAGGUUCUGAGGAUUCGAAUGUGCAGAAGGCAGAAGUGGCAGAAGCCGCAGCCAGUGAGAGGGCAGCAGUGAGUGGUAAGGCAACUAGUUCACCUGCAGCUACUUCUCAGGAGUUAGCAAUCUGCCUAGCACUUUUGGCUUUUCUUAUACUUCACUACAUCUGGAGUCAGAUUCAGAGCUUGAUUUUUACUUUAUUGGGUAGGAAAUAUUUUCUUUUCCCUUGACUAACAUCUCAUGUAGUUUCUUUUAUCAUAUUUCUCUUCUGUAGGCCCAGAGAUAAAUUUCUGAGCCUUGAGGCUCAGCCACCUAAAAAGAACGAAGUUCCUAGACAAUACUGUGGCCUCAAGCUCCCACAAUGCAAUCACCUCAAGGCACCUUCCUGAGGAGAAUUGCUCCAUUAUCUAAUCUUGCAUGGAGGGGAAUCCUGACUCAGAAGUGACUGGUGGGCAAUUAUUCAGUAAUCCAGUAACAAUGGACCCUCCCAAAUGGCCUUUAGGGGAGACCAGUUUCAAAAGGUCUCAGCUACUGUGAGAAUUCACUGCUAUUAAAAUAGAGAGAAGAGGAGCAAAGGACUUUCUAGGGUUUCCAUAGAUUAAGUAGCAGCAUUUCAUCUGCUUACAACAGAGGGGCUCAGGAGGUGGCCAGAUGAUUCCUGUUGGGGAUAUAUUGGCAAUUCUUGAUCUGGCGGGCAGGUGGUCUAGGUGACCUCUCAGUUAUCUUUGAACCCUGAGACUCUACAAUGUCUUUCCUGGGAGAUGGGGUCCCUGAGAGAAAGGGGCCCUGGGUACAGCAACAUCAGGGGCAUUGCAGCCCGGUGAAAUCUGAAAGAGUAAAGAGCCAGAGAUCAAUGUUCAUUUGCCAGCCAUAAAGAAUUAGAACCAAAGAAAUGUCAUAAAGCCAACAAAAAACAUGUUAUUUCUGAGACAACUUUCUCAAGCCUUUUCUUGAUUACUGUUAUGAGGUUUGCUUAGGGACUGACAUCUUACUCUUCUAACAACUUUUAAAUAUUAUCAGUUUAACUAAUAGUAAUUAAAGAUUCAAACCCCUUAUACUUUUAGUAAAUGACCCUGCUAGACCUGAGACCCAGCUCCCUGUGCCUGUAGCUCAGAAGCAAUUCAGGGUGACUGGUGCUGAAAGGCCUCUCCUAUUUCUGGCUAUUGACUUUUCCCUGGAUUGACAUUGACUCUUCUGGAAGCUCCCAUCACACAGUUUCUUUUCCCCUCAUUAGCUGUCUGCUCAGCAAAGGCAGUGGGAUCUCCAUGGAGCCCUGUUGUGUCUUUACCUGUGUGUGAGUGGGACCUGCCCCCAAUGUCUAAUAGUCACAAACCUGUGCCACUAGAAUGUUCUGAGUGUUCUUAUAGUCUGCUCAGGUGCUUAGCUCCUCCUCCUGUCAUUAUUUAUGUUGAAGAGAAGUGGGAGGAAGUAUGGGCCAUGGACUCAGUGGGGCAAAUGGGGAGAGAGAAAACGCCAUGCUUUAUUGGAAUAAUCUAGUGUGGAUCUGAAUAAUUGUCUAAAGAGUCCAGCUUACAUUCUGAGAAUUCAGGUUUUGGGAUUGGUUGCUAUAUAUCCUUGUAAUACUUCUCUGAGGCUGCAGGGGGAGAGUCAUGCUUCUUGUCCGCCAUCCACUGAGCCCAUGUCACGUACACUGACAUUAUUCAUGUGCCUGUCUGGUGAGAUGAGGGUGAAGCAAGUGGGGACCGGGUGAGGUAGACUGAAUUGACAUUCAGUUUUGCAGAGAACCUUGCUUGUGUAGUUCUUGGCAUUUGAAAAAGGGCCUUUCACAUAGAGCAGGAAAUCUGCUUAUGAUAGAGUAUCACUCUUUGAUUUGUGAAAAGAGAUAUGGACAGAAGGAUAGAGACUUCACCAUGGUAUCAGAUUCCUGGCCUCUGAAUUUUUUGCAGGCCUGACUUACCUUCACCACCUCAGAACCCAGCUUCCUAAAUUAGUGUUUAUCCGAUGCAAAGUUAGCUUGUUGGAAUUUCAUACUUUAUCAUUAGUCUUUCCCUGAACAUUUAGAAUGUGAUACAAAGUUCUCCAUGCUUCACUGGCAGUCUGACCUCUCUUUACUGGUCCCAUGUAAGGGAAUGAGGUUGUUUUAGAAACUCAGACGCAUGUCGGGCUCACUUGCUCAUCUGUAAACUCACUUCAGACCUCAUCAGUGGAACUGUAAAUCUUUUAAGAAGGCCAGUGUUCUAUUUCCAGGUGCUUCCCUCAUUGCCAUUCAUCUGCCCUUGCUUUUUCUGCCUGUGAUUUCAUGUAGUCUAUACUUUAUCAUGUACUUUCUCUCUUCACCUAAUCACAUAGGUAGUUUAUGUGUUAGAAGCUGGUCAUGGCAAAAGCUAGACAUCAACUCUCUCUACCACUUGUGAAUGGGGGACUCUGCUUUUUGAUAGGUCAGAAGAGCAUUGUUGCCUUCUCCACCCUCAUUCUCAAAGAAAAAAUAAUUUCUUGACAAGGUUUGGAUUCAGCCCUAUAUGAAGGUGGAUCUCACAGACGACCAUGGUUCCCAUUUAUUCUUCUGCAGGAUGCAUUUUGAAUCCAAUCACACCUCAUUCCUCCUAGAAAACUUCCUAAAAGUAGUCAUAGGUCAAACCAUGCAAAAUCUCUCUACAUGAACAGGUCUCCAAAAUUGCCCUCUAAGUUUCCAUCUUUCUAGGCCAUGCAUAUACUAUAUGUUCGGUCAAUGCGAAGGGAGUUUGGUGGAAAUGACAUUUGACCUUUGUCAUGCAUUUAUUUUUUUUUAAUUCAUUUUGAAAAAGUCACACCAGCCUCUUGUCAACCUCAGAAGAUAGGGCAAUAAAAAGGUGCGGAGAAGAACUCUGUGAGAUAGGUCAGCUUCUGGAAAGCAGCCUUAGUGAGCCUCAUCUCCUGGGGAUGCCUGGUCCCGUCUGCUUCCAUUUGCUGCCCUUCCUCUUUCUGCAUUACUCACAUGCAAAUUACACCUGGGUGUUAAUACAGGGACUGCCUCCACCCCCGACCCCACCCCCACGGGCAAUUGGGUAUUUUGGGGGUGAAUAUGAAUGGCAAUUAGAUUUUUCCUGAAGUGGAAGAAACAGAUAUAAACCCCUCCUUAUUCCCCUUUCUCCCUUCCCAGUGAGAUUGAGUGGCCUUGUGUGGAAGAAUUUGUCCAAACCAUUUAAUGGAAUCUGUUCAGGGAACAGGGGUUUCCAGAAAAAUGUCUUCCUAUUGGGUGGAUUAACUUGGUAGCUGCUCUGGCUAAUACCUGAGGUGGACUGUGGCAGCUGCUUCAAGGUCAGAAGACCACUCCACCAUCUCACCGCCUGCGCGC